UAUCACUAACUUUUCAGAUGUGUUAAUGAAUGUGGAACAAAAGCAGUUGUGUUUAAAAGGAGCAAAGGACCAUCAAAAUAACCGUUAUCAUAGUAGCAGGCGUGAACUCUAAAUGAAUUAUUCCAAAUUGUGGUGUCAAAAAUUAUCUACUUUAACUAGAGACUAGCCUCUAGAAAACCUAUUGUUGAACUGCUGUGAAGCUAUCGUUUUAGCUAUAAAUUACUGUUCUUAAAAUUUUAUAAACCUUGGUUGCAAAUUUUAAUCUUUUUGACCAAGUUAAAACAAUCUGAACAAAAUCUUACCCCAUCUAAAAAUGACAGUAUUUCGUUGACUUUGAGCAAGCUCUUCAAAAUAAGGCCGUGUGAAAGGGGUAAAGUUUUAACCUUUUUGUUAUUCACAUGUAAAAAAAAGUUAUUUUAAAUAAUUGAGUCACUUCCUAGGUGAAAGUUUUUCAAGUGCCCCAGGCAUCAUGUGAAGCACAGUAGUAUUUACAAUCUGUUUUGGUACCAAAAUCUCUUGCUUCAGUAAUUCACCAGUAGGUUUUCACUCAUCAAUGAUGCUGUCAUUUUAAGGCUAAAAUAAAACACCUUCAUUUCCCAGGGCUUAUUCUCAUUCUACUUAGAGGAAACAUUCUUACGAGUUUUUUUCCCCAAGGAGAUUCUAAGGGAAAAAAUUGUAACAUCUAUAUUUUGUUAUUAUAGAUGGUUACCCUUCUUUUUCUUAGAUUUUUUUUAAAGUUUUGAGUAGAUAGGCAUAGUUGAUUAGCAAGGUGGAUGUUUCUGUUGCUUAGGGGGUGUAUUGUGUUAAAUGAAGACAGAAUGAAUUUAAAUGUACCCAGUUUGGCCACACAUAGCACAGACUACAUAGAACUUGGAGAUAUGGGACCUUUGGAGGCAUUAAAGUUAACAUUUCAUUUAGGCAAUGUGCCUUUGUUUCACUGGUGUGUAAGUCAUUCUUCCAGGUUUGUACACUCUUAAACACGUUAUUCUACCCUCUCUAACUCCUCCCAGCAGCAAAAGGGAGACACUGCAGCUGGAACAAAAUAGUGGAAGAAAUGGCGUCUGGGGUUCAGUGGGGAUUCGCAGUGUGAGAUACUACUCGUCAGCGAAUCAAAUUCAGUGAUGACAGAGUGUGCAAGAGUCACCUUCUCAACUGUUGCCCCCAUGAUGUCCUGUCUGGAACUAGAAUGGAUCUUGGCGAAUGUCUGAAAGUCCAUGACCUGGCUUUACGAGCAGAUUAUGAAAUUGCAUCAAAAGAACAAGAUUUUUUCUUUGAACUUGAUGCUAUGGAUCAUCUGCAGUCAUUCAUUGCAGACUGUGAUCGAAGAACAGAAGUGGCUAAGAAAAGAUUGGCAGAAACUCAAGAAGAGAUUAGUGCUGAAGUUGCAGCAAAGGCAGAACGUGUUCAUGAAUUAAAUGAAGAAAUUGGUAAAUUGUUGGCUAAGGUGGAACAACUAGGAGCUGAAGGGAACGUGGAGGAAUCCCAGAAAGUAAUGGAUGAAGUAGAGAAAGCCCGGGCAAAGAAAAGAGAAGCAGAGGAAGUUUAUCGGAAUUCUAUGCCAGCUUCCAGUUUCCAACAGCAGAAACUUCGAGUCUGUGAAGUCUGCUCUGCCUAUUUAGGUCUUCAUGACAAUGAUAGACGACUGGCCGAUCACUUUGGGGGUAAACUACACCUGGGAUUUAUUGAAAUAAGAGAGAAGCUUGAAGAAUUAAAGAGAGUUGUAGCUGAGAAGCAAGAGAAAAGAAACCAGGAACGCCUGAAAAGAAGAGAAGAAAGGGAGAGAGAAGAAAGGGAGAAGCUGAGGAGGUCUCGAUCCCAUAGCAAGAAUCCCAAAAGAUCCCGGUCCAGAGAGCAUCGCAGACAUCGAUCUCGUUCCAUGUCACGGGAACGGAAAAGGAGAACUCGAUCCAAAUCCCGGGAGAAACGCCAUCGCCACAGAUCCCGCUCCAGCAGUCGUAGUCGCAGCCGCAGCCACCAGAGAAGUGGGCACAGUUCUAGAGACAGGAGCAGAGAGCGAUCCAGGAGGAGAUCCUCAAAAGAAAGAUUCAGAGACCAAGACUUAGCGUCACGUGACAGAGACAGGAAUUCAAGAGACAGAUCACCUCGUGACAGAGAUCGAAAAGAUAAGAAGCGGUCCUAUGAGAGCGCUAAUGGCAGAUCAGAAGACAGGAGGAGCUCUGAAGAGCGCGAAGCAGGGGAGAUAUAAUUAGCUGUGUACAUGUCCUCAAUCCUUAAGCUUCCUCUGGAGUUGCGUACUAUCGUUUAGUUUACAGCUGUUCCAGGGUGACACAGUGAGCAGUUCCAGACACCAGUCCAGCUAGGCUAGGUGCACAGUAUCCAACUUGACCUGAACUUUUCUUUGACGAAGCCUAAAACUACAUCCAUACUUUCUGGUGAACCUAUAAUAUACUUCCGAAAGUACAGUUUUAUAUAAGAAGACACCGGUGUCUUUAUCCUUUCUAGUAGGAGUGAUAGUGAAUGAAUUGUGUUACUUGCGCCUUGGUAUUUUUUGAACAUUUGUAAAGUGCUGUCUUCCUUUCUAGUCCAAACAACAGCGACUUUGGGAAUUUUUUUUAAUCUUUCUUUCUCUGACUCUGUAUCCCCUGAUACCUCUACCCUCUAAUUAUAAGAGAAGGGGGUGCAGGGAAGCAAUAUAACUUUUGUUUCUGAGGUUCUAGUCCCAUUAUUAAUGACUAGCUGAUUACAGUUCAAAAUAUUUCUAUUGCAUUGUGUGCUGGAGAAAUUUAAAAUACUGGGAGUUUUGUUUGUCUAAUGGUGCCUAUUUUAGAGUUGGAAGUUGAACAGCUGUUGCAUUACAUCGCUUUUUUAUGGAAAAUCUGAAAUCAGAAAUGUCUUGAUUUCUCUGUUCUAUUGAAUUGCUACUACAUUCAGGAUGUUCUGAGAAGGGGGGUGGCGGGGCAGGGACUCUUUCAUAAAAGCACUUCUUGUUGUGUGUGUGGAGUAUAAAGACUACACCCUUAUUGUAAAAAAUAAAAUGAAAGACUCAGCACCACCAUCAUUAAACUGUAACUUGUCUAGUAAGUUGUCACUAGAGCUAUUUGCUGUGGCCAUUUCUAUUCUGUUAUAUCAUUAAAUAGUGCCUUACUGUGCAAGGCACCAAAGGAAAUAAAUAUAUACUUACAAAGA